GUCACGUGGCCGCGCGGCCGGCGGGGCGGUGUCGCGGCGCAGCGCUCCGCGCCUGAGGAGAGGCCGCGGCGGCGGGGCCGGGGCCGGGGCCGGGGCCGGGCGGGCGGGCGGGCGGGCGGGCGCGGGUGUUGGGGCCGGGGCUGCCGCCAGGGGGCCGGGGCGGCUGGCGGCGGGCCCCGCGGAGGAGGAUGCUGAGCCGCCUGCAGGAGCUGCGCAAGGAGGAGGAGACGCUGCUGCGGGUGAAGGCGGCGCUGCACGACCAGCUCACCCGCCUCAAGGUCGGCCCUGGCCGCCGCCGCCGCGCCCGGCCGCCGCCGGGGAGGGGGGGGCGCCGCGGGACGCGGCCCGGGGCACCUGGGGGCCGCCCGGCGCCGUGGCGGCCUGAGGCGGUAGAAGAGCUGGCGCUGCAGUCUAUGAUUAGGUCCAGAGAGGAGAAUAUAACAGUCCCUUCAUCAGCAGUUGCAGAGGAGACUCAAAAAACUCUUGGGCAGAUGGACAACGAGGCUGCUAUCAAUCAAACUGAAUUACAUCUAAGUCUUCAAGAUCAUGAAGAGGAGGAGGAGGAAGAGGAGGAGGAAUCAGAUUCUUGAAAGAGAAAAAUAAUCAGAGAUGGUGAUCUUGGUUUUUAAUACAGACUCAGGAAUUUCUUCUUCAUUCAUAUAAGAUUUGCCAACAGAUUUUCAUUUUGUCCUGCAUAUGAACUGUAUGAUAUGUAAGACUUUUGGAGGGUUCUAGGGAAGUUUUACACUUACUUGAAGAUAUGAAUGUCACAAGCUUGGCAGAUCUUGAUUACGUGUUAAAAGAAUGAAAACUUGCUGCACAAAUAUGUAGCAUAAUUUUUUUUUGCAUUUAAAACCUAAUGUGUAGCUUACUACAUCUUUAUGUGUAGAUCAGGAAAGCUGUUAAUCAAGUCAGACUAAUUUGACAUAUGCACUAAAAGCAAUAACUUGUCUGUUCUUAUUUCCUAUUGUUGAAAAAUAAAACCAGUUCUCAGUGACUGGUUGCUGAACCAAUGAUUAUAUAUAUAAAACCUCAUCUGCAUAAACUGGGAAUUUUAAGAUAGGCAGUGAGAAAAGAUUUGACCAAGAUUGUUUCCAUGCUCUCAGCUAGUGUAUUCUUGGUUAUAUGGAAAACUAAAAUUCCGUUCCCUAUAAAUGUGAUAGAGAUGUAGGUGCAUUGGGAGAAGUAGCUAUUGCACUAUGGGCUCUCACUGUCACCUUAAUUUUGAGCACAAUAGCAAGGUAGCCUCUCUUUGUACCCACUGGUGCUGUUCUUAAGUAUUGUCAGUCUGACUAUAAUAGUGAAGUAUUUUCUACUUCUUCCUCUUUCAGAGGAGUAACAAAUUAGUCUUUUGUUUGUCUCCAAAUUGUAUGGUAAGAAUAAGUUCACAACAUUACUCGUAAUAAGAAACUAAUGUUCUUAAAUUAGUUUUAUUUUCUUUUUCCCCUCACAGUAACUCCAUAGGUCAAUGUAAGUCCAUCUUCUACUUUCAAGUUAUUUUCAAGGAGGAAUAUAAGGCAUUUAACAACUUAUAAGAUGGAAAAGUGAUGUGAAGUUCCUUCCACAGUUUCUUUAAUGGUACAGUAACAAGUCAGUGCUGCUCUUAGUGAUAGACAAUAUGUUCUGUCUCCUAAUGGAAUGCAGACACCAUGUGGUGCAGCUGGUUAUUUUAUCAAUUCUUAAAGAGUUGUUUGGAAGCACAGAAAACCAAACUGUGUUAAGCUGAUUAAAAACAAACAAUAAAAGUAAUAUGCUAACUUAGCCAUUUUGUCAAGCUGUCUUACUAAGAAAAUAUUCAGAGCUAUAUCCAGAGUUGUUCAUUAUACAACUAGUGCAUAAAGGUGCUGGUGCUAUCUCAGUUUGGCAUUAGUAGCUUAGAGAAAAUAAGUAUGCUUCUGAAGUUUGCCUUUAAGAGCAGGAAAAGAGCUUGGAAAAGUAUCCAGUGUCCUGUGUGCAGUCAAAGUAUAUGAUUCAACUUCCAAUAAAUUCCUGCUACUGAUUGAAGAGAGCCUGUUUAUUAUUUGGCUCUUAUUUGGCUUGUAGCUAUAGAAACUAAAUGUUACAAUGUAAAUAUAGCUUCAUCCUGUACUAAAGACUAAUUACCGUGUGAAGAGGCUGGAUGUUGCUCUGAAGGAGCUUAGAACUUGAGUACAGAACACUUAGCAAAGCCUUGCCAAGACUUGUAAGGGGAACAACAAAAAGUCUGAGCAGAAAACAUUAUAGUUUGGAUUGUCAAAUAAUUUUCUUUAAAAGUAGGUAUGUGAACAGUUGGUUUUGUAAGGGUCGCAGCAGAUAAUCUCUUUCCUUUCCUUGUUACGGUGCUCAGUAUGGUUGUGGCAUUGCACUCUGCUCCAUGUGUUUCUGUCUUAAAAAAGGACUGUUUGCCUGCCUUUGUUUUGCUUCUGGGGAAAUGGCAUUCUGGAAUAGUUACUCCAGGGUUUCAUGGACAAAGGUGAAUUCUGACCUUUGAAAAAUGUUUGUCCUGCAUGCUACAGUGUAGUUUUUCACAGAUACUUUAUAUCCUUUCUCCCUAUUACCUUUCAUGGAAAAGUCCAUUGCUUGCUUUUGGAUUCAAAUAGACAAGUUCUGGCAAACUAGCUUGCAUGUUGCAAUAAAGUACUUUUCCUGUUGUCCUACUACA